AAUUCCCUUAUUCCUACAACCACCUCUCUCCCCUCUGCUCUCCUCUCGUCUUCGGCUCUAUGGAUUCCGUCUCCAGUUACGGUGGAGCUCGUAACCUCCGAUCCGGCGGAAAGAUACUACGUCCACGCCGCUCCUCCGCCGCAUCUAGGACGCCUUACGACCGCCCUCCUCCUCCGGCGUCGCGGAAUCUGCCGGAGCAAAACCCUAGUUGGAUCUCCAAGCUUGUCUUCAGCCCUGCCCGCGCAAUUGCCUCCGGCGCUGGGAAAUUAAUCUCCUCCGUUGUCUUUUCUGAUUCCUCUGCAUCCUCUUCUUCUUCUUCCGACGGGGAUUCCGCUUCAGAUAUUGAUGCUGCUGAGGAGAACAAUGCCGAUUCUCCUGAAGAUGAAACAAUGGAUGAGAUGAAUAUAGAUCUGGUGAACGACCAACAACAACCUUUGUCAAGAACCAGCUCUAAGCAUGUAAUUGAGCAGCUUCUCAUGCAAGAAACAUUUGGAAGGGAAGAAUCUGAUAGACUAAUGGAUAUCAUUAAGUCGAGGGUUAUUGAUCGUCCUACUGGCCCCAUUACUGAAGAAGGGAGAUAUAGUGGGUUUGCUAACAAAAAAGAUGUGAGUGCUCCUGAUAUGUCCAGUAAAGCUGUGAUGGAGGCAAAGAAGUGGAUAGAGGAGAAGAAAUCAGGAUCGAGUUCGAAGUAUAACCCGGGUCUUGGAAGCCCAUUCGUUGACUCUUCUGCACUGCUGCAUGUCACCGAAAAAGAUGCUGGAUCACCUGUGGACCUGGCCAAAUCAUAUAUGCGAGCUCGUCCUCCAUGGGCAUCUCCCUCUGCGAAUCAGGUCGAUUUUCGAUCUCCAUCACCAGUAGGGAUGCAGCUUCUUAAAGAUGAUACACCCUUUUCCUCAAGCGCUGGUAGAUUGUCUUCAUCCAAGUUGAAAAAGGGAUCUGGCUCUAGCCAGUCAUGGAACAUUCAAGAGGAAAUACGUAAAGUCAGAGCGAAAGCAACAGAGCAAAUGCUAAGAAGUGUGGCGUCCCCUAAAACUGUGAUCUCUUCGGAUUCAAGACAAAGCAUUAACAUUUUAAUGACUGAUAUGCUCAAAGGCAAUAGCAAAGAGAUGUUUCGUCCUUGUGCAAAUGCAGUAGUUGCAUCUUUAAAUACUGAUGGAGGGGCUUCUUCAAGUUUCCAAGGUGUGCAGAAUAUGCAAGAUGAAAGUCAAAUUGACGCUUUGCCAAAUACGGCUGUUUCCUCCGCUGAACUCAAGCAGACAGCGGAAGCUAAUCUGUUUGAUGAGGAAACAAGAGACUUACGCACUAGAUCUUGUGUAGCAGAUGGUUCAGAAGAGAUGUUAAAAGUAGUCGAACCAUCUGAGGAUAUGAAUAGUGCUCCUCAAAGUGGAACCGACGGUGCUGAAGCCGAUGAUAAAGGUGGUGACAAUAUUCAGCCAUGCUUAGUGACAGGAGGGACCACACAUGUGGUCUUGGCUCUCGGGGCAAGUCCAGAUUCAACCGGGAACUUGUCCAUCCCAAAAGAUGUGUCUGAGAAUGUCCCCUUAACAUCAAAAGAAGCUGGCGAAACAGAUGCUCCGCCUGUUUCUAAUGGUUUCCCAUCUUCAGCGCCCAGUUCGCCAAUGGCGGUGGACGGGCAACCAGAGCCCGGCCUACCAGAUAAAGAAAACAACGGUUUCUGCUCUCCCCAAGAAGAACCAAACGCAAAACCCGGAACAGAGGAGGGAAAUGAGCCCGUGAAUGAAACUUCCGCCGAUAUUCCAGUGGGAAAUGGAUCAACGAAAGAGAAAGAUAGCACUACUUCCAGUGCCUCAAAGAACAGUUCAAGCGCACAUGAAGAGGAAUGGUUACCGGAUAAUCAGUCACUCCCAAACUCGGGUAGCAGCAGUCCCGGUGCUACAACCAAGGUUGCGGCUUACAGCAGAAGAGGAAGAGGCCGAGGCCGAGGUCGUGGCAGAGGCAGAGGCAGAGGAAGGGCUAAGCAAGCAACCACAAAUGUAUAAGAAGAAGCUUUCUGCACCUAUCCGCCCCGGCCCCAUGUAGGAGAGAGUUAUUCAUCUGACAAAAGGUACGUUAUUGUAGUCAUCGUAGGACAGAGACCCGACCGAUCUCAAGACGCCACUCUGUUUGUUUGUUUUGGUUGUGAAUUUAUGGGGCCGAGCUUAUGGAUUUGGCCUUCGUUUCAGGGUGUUAGAGUAUUAGGUUUAGAGGUAUGUAUCUGAUUGCUCAGUAGUUUUUAUGUCGCAUGGAUUGUGUUUUUUUCUUUCUUUCAGACAGGUGUUAAUGUUGUAACAGUAUGUGGGGGAAGUUUGGACUUGCCUUUAGAACACGAAAGCUUUUGAACCCAAGCAGUUUCCAAAGUACUCAAAACUGCUUGAAAUCUUCAAAUCCCAAACCGAAUGGUUUUGGUUUGGUUUAGUUUGGUUCAGUUUCGGUUAAAUUUGGUCUCGUUUAAUCU